AUGGCAGAACAGAAAGGUGUCGUUCCUGUCGAGACACCGGGAGCAGAGAAGCAAGUUGUCUCCAAAGCCAUGGACGAGGCAGCAGAGUAUCUUGCUCACAGAGCUGGGUUUGCCCCCUUGUCUCCCGAAGAAGAGAAGAAGAUGAUACGCAAGAUGGAUUGGAUUCUGCUGCCAAUGCUCUUCAUGACCGCUACCUUGGGUGCCGUUGACAAGGUCGCUAUCAGUACGGCUGCCAUCUAUGGCCUCGAGAAAGAUCUCCAUCUUGUUGGCCAGCAGUAUUCAUGGGCUGGCUCCAUCCUAUCCCUUGGAGCCAUCGUUGGCAUGUGGCCGUCCACGUAUCUAGUCCACCGACUUCCCUCUGCUAAAUACCUGUCUGCAUGCUCGCUGGGCUGGUCAGCCAUGGCACUUCUCUUGCCUGCAUCUCGCAAUUGGAGCGGCUUGAUGGCUUUGAGGUUCUUCAUGGGUUGCUUGGAGGCGAUUAUUGUUCCAUCUAUUUCUCUUAUCAUUGCCGGGUUCUACAAGAAGUCAGAGCAGCCGCCUCGCAAUGCACUGGUGUUUGCGGCGGCAAGUUCCAUCAUUAACGGCUUCCUCUCGUGGGCGGUUGGUCACAUUCCAUCUACAGCAUCUCUUUCCAUCUGGCAAUACCUCUUUUUCAUUACCGGUUCUAUUUCGGCAAUUUGGUCCAUUAUAGCUUUGGUCUUCCUCCCAGACUCCCCCAUGAACGCCUUUUUCCUGACCGAAAGAGAGAAGUACCAUGCAGUCCAGCGCCUGGCCGAAAACAAAACUGGAAUUACAAACAGGCAAUGGAAGUGGGAUCAGGCCAUGGAGGCUGUCAUUGAUCCGAAGACAUGGAUUCUAUUCUUCUUCAACAUCGCCAUCAAUAUCCCCAACGGAGGACUCACAACUUUCAGCGGCAUUAUCAUCAACAACCUGGGCUUCUCACCAGUAAAUACCUCACUACUUAACAUGCCAACGGGCGUUAUGUCUACUCUGUCGGCAUUCUGCUUCUCCUGGCUUUCGGCUAAGUGGACCAACCGUCGCUGUUUUGUCACCAUGUUGGCAGCCGGUGUUCCCAUGGUUGGUGCAAUCCUGGUCUACAGUGUACCGCGAACCAAUUUGGGUGGUCAGAUGGUGGGCAUUUAUCUACUAUACACAUACUUCGGACCAUAUGUUGUCGGCAUCUCCAUGGCUCAGGCCAACACCGCGGGCAGUACAAAGAAGACUGUGCAGUAUUCUAUCCUCUAUAUUGGCUAUGCCGUCGGAAACCUCAUUGGGCCGCAGACGUUUCGAGCAAAUCAAGCCCCAGCAUACACGGGGGGGUUUGUUGCCAUGCUGGCUAGCUAUUGCGUCUGCAUCCUACUGAUGGCAGUCUACUGGUUCAUUGCGCACACGUUGAAUCGCCGACGCAGAGCUGGCCUUGACCCUGGAGAAGAGCAGGCGAAUGAAGAUUUGGUGGAUUCAUUUGCUGAUAAGACUGAUUUUCAGCAAAAUAAUUUCAAGUAUACAACGUAG